AUACAAGAGUUGUAAUUAAUGUAGAGUUGUUUGUUAUACAAAUUGGUGUAUACAGGUGGAUUCUGUGGUAUAAAUAUGUAUGUCUAUUUGUGGAUAUUGUGUAUAUUAUACCGUUGGUCACACAGACCGACAAGAUGCUGUCCUUCGCGCUGGUGUUACUCGUCGCUACAAGCGCCUACGCCCUGCCCGCUGUAUCUGUGAUUCCCUACAGCAUCAACGACAUUCCUGCCACUCCUGACAAUGGGAGACUAGUCAACAAAGCCAUCACAAAGGGUGCUUUCGAGUACGUGGACACCGGUGACCUCGGUCUAUACUUCACCGUGAUGACGGAGGCCAUCAACAGCCUGGCCGACCUGCCCGACCCCUCGUCCCAGGCCGCCGCCGUACUCCAGACUAUUGCCGGCCUCGGCGAGCUGGCCUACGGCGUCGCUGGUAACUCCUGUACUUCCGCCGCUGCUAUCAACGCACACCUGUCAGGUAACGCGAAAGGCGCGGUCCGCAGCUUCGUGCCCGCCCUCGUCAACUACAUCGACACCAUCACCACUCUCGUCACCAGGCCUAAUGCCUUCAAAUUCACUACUGGACCCCAAGGUAAAUGCGUGAGCGGCGGUCGCGUGUUCGACAUCGACAGCGCCUGGGGAUCGGUCCUAGACAACUCCAACGUUGUCAACAAUGCGCACCUGAAUGAGGCGUACUGCUCGGCCAAGCGUCUGUACUCAUCGCUGUACGACCGCAGCAACAACGUGGCUGCAGCCAUCACCGCCGCCACCCUGCCGCCAGUCAACCAGGCGGCGCAGAGGGUCAUCGGACCUCUCGCUCAGUUCUUGAGGGUGGUUGCCAAUGGACGCAACCCCAUCAAUGCAGCCGCCGCGGCCAAGAACGCCCUUCGUCAAGUCGUCUAAGCUGUACAAGAUGAUAUAAAAUAUAGUAUGUUAUAUGAUAUAUAAACUACCAUUGUGAUAUUUAUUCCUAUUAUACGAUUCAAAUGACAAAAAUAACAUAUUUUGUC